AUGUCCGACGCUGAGCCACCUCCUGCAAUGGAGGAGGCCAUGCGGACAACGCCGGAUGUUGUGCUAGGCGAGGGCUACAAGGAUAUUGAGGCUAUUGAGGGUCAGAAGGAUGGCGGAACUUGUUAUGUUGAAGGUGGCAAUGUUAUAGUUGCAGAUGAGCUCGUGGGGAUUUCUGAAGACCCCAACCAACCCGAUGUUGCUAAGGCUGACGAGCCAGAGGAGGGUGCUGAUGUAGAGGGGCAAACAAAUGGCAUUAGUGCUGCUGUGGAUCUUCUCACAGAGGUGGGUGCUGCCGUGUCAUCCUCCACACUGGUGGAUGAUCUCAUGGAGGUUGGCAUGCAAACCAAAGAGGUUAGUGUUGCUGCGGAUGAUCUCAUAGAGGCGGGUGGUGCCCUGGUAUCAUCCGCAGAGGAUCACACAGCGGUGGCUGCUUGCCUGGUUAAUGAUGACUGCAAUAUAGUUUUCACUGGAGGUGUGCAUAGGUCGGAUGACCAAACUGAUCAGGAGUUUGGUGGUGACUCCCUUGACGCUGAUGUGGUCGCUCCCUUGGUAAAUGAUGCACAAGAUGACAGUGCGAGGAUGUAUAUGGAUGUUGCAGCUAAUGAUCACGUGCAUGCUCAGGAUCAGGAAAGCCCACAUUUAGAUGUGGCUACAGCUCUGUUAAAUGAGGUGGAAACAGAGCUUGUGGAAGCUGGAGACCAUGUUGUACAGGACUGCGCAAAUGUGGAUAUGCAGAUCCAAACUGGAGAUGACAGCGAGGCAGAACGUGUUGGCGCUAUUGCUGACGCUGCCACACAUGAGGAGGGCAAGCACAUGGGUGAAGUUACCACGACCAGAGAUGAUAGUGAGAAACAUGAUGGGGCAGUCGGUGUUGAUGUGCCUGAUGAGAGAAUACAAAUGAGUAGGGGUGGACUGUCUGGAGAUGAUAAUGAGCAAAAGGAAGUUGCAACAGCUGAUGAGGAUCGUGUGGAAGAGGAAGGCAUGCAGGUGGAUGCAGUAAACAUUACUGGAGACAUGGUUGAGGAAGGCAGAAUUGCUGUUGAAUACAUUGCAGGUGAAGCUGUAAAUGACGAGGGUGGUAUUGAUGUCCCUGAAGAAAAGGCUGCUCAUAUAGACAAGGCUGGUAAUGAUAUCCCUGAAGAAGAGGGUCUCCAAAUGGGGGGAGCCGGCUUGAUUGGCAAUGAUAAUGGGCUGAAAGAGGUUGUGACAGCUGAUCACGAUGGAGUGGAAGAAAAUGCCAUACUGACGAAGGCAGCUGCCACAACUAACGAUGAUGAUGAAGACAACAAAAUUGUUGGUGAAGAUGUUGCAGAAGCUGUCAAUGACAUAACUGGUGAUGAUGUCCCUGAAGAAGAGGCUGCGCAUAUGGAUGAUGACGAUGAUGACGAUGAGCCUCCUCCUUUAGUGGCAAAGAAAGGUGGAGGGCGUCGUAAGAGAGGCCGUCCAUCUUCCAAGGUACAGGCUGUGGUGAAACCAUCUGUAAAAAGGAAGGAUGAGGAGGAGGUCUGCUUCAUUUGCUUUGAUGGUGGUGACCUUGUGAUUUGUGAUCGUAGGGGCUGCCCUAAAGCUUACCAUCCUUCUUGUGUUAAUCGCGAUGAUGACUUCUUCAAGUCAAAGGGUCGGUGGAACUGUGGGUGGCACAUUUGUAGCAACUGUCAGAAACCUGCCCGCCAUAUGUGCUACACAUGCACCUUUUCAUUAUGCAAGGCAUGCAUGAAGGAUGCAAAGUUUAGCUGUAUCAGAGAAAAUAAGGGCUUUUGUGAUACGUGCAUGAACACUGUGAUGUUGAUAGAGAAUAGAGAGGAGGCUGCGGACCCAAUGGAGGUGGAUUUUGAUGACAAAAGCAGCUGGUGGUAUUUGUUCAAGGACUAUUGGUUACAUUUGAAGACAAACUUGUCAUUGACAGUUGAGGAAAUAUCAGCAGCCAAGUCUCAAAAGAGUGGAGAAUUACCUGAUACUAAUGACGAAGAAGUUAAUUCAGAGAGUUCAUCAGGGCGUCAUCUAGAAAACAAUACACCAAAAAAGAGGGGAAGGAAGCGAUCUAAACAAGCUGCCAUCGAGGAGAGUUCUGAAGGAAAAGAGGGCACUAGGAAAUCUGCCAAACGAGGCCUGUCAGGCAUUCAUGAUGCUCAGACUUCCUCAGGGAAAAAGGUUAGAAAAUUGUCCAGGCGUUCUUUGAGCAGCCAGCAUUCAUCAAAAGACUCUGAAAGUGUUGGGACAUCUACAUCCUCAGCUGAAGAGGCCAACUGGGCUUCUAAGGAGCUCAUAAACUUUGUAUAUCAUGCGAGAAAUGGUGAUAAAUCUGUGAUCAGUCAGUAUGACGUUCAACCCCUUUUACUUAACUAUAUCAAACGCAACAAUCUGCGUGAUCCUCGUCGGAAAAGCCAGAUAAUUUGUGAUUCUUUGCUCCAAAGUCUCUUCUCAAAAGACCGUGUUGGGCAUUUUGAGAUGCUUAAGCUUCUUGAAUCACAUUUUCCCACGAGUGAGGUUUCACCAAUUGAUGCUGAUGAAAAUCAUGGUGGUGUAGUAGACCCUGAUCCUAGUCAGGAUGCUGAUGGUAACAGUGAAGCUUCAGUUGUUAUGAGUUCAGAAAAAAGAAGAAAAUCACGUAAGUAUGACCUGAGACGUCAGCCUAAUCUUGAUGACUAUGCGGCAAUAGAUAACCAUAACAUUGGCUUAAUGUACUUACGUCGCAACCUAAUGGAAGAAUUGAUUGGUGAUGUCGACACAUUUGAUGAGAAAGUUGUUGGAUCAUUUGUGAGAAUAAGAAUACCUGGUACAGGGCAAAGGCAAGACAUUUAUAGACUUGUACAAAUUGUUGGGACUGGAAAAUCUGCAGAAAAAUAUAAAUUUGGGAAAAGGACUACUGAUAUAACGCUAGAGAUACUAAACUUAGAUAAGCGGGAGGCAGUAACUAUUGACAUAAUCUCAAACCAGGAGUUCACUGAGGAGGAGUGCAAACGCUUGCGUCAAAGCAUAAAGUAUGGGUUCAUUCCAAGACUGACAGUGGGAGAGGUUCAGGAGAAGGCAAGGGUUCUCCAAACUCUAAAAGUCAAUGAUUGGAUUGAAAGCGAAAAGAUGCGACUUGGGCAUCUUCGUGACCGUGCAAGUGAUAUGGGCCAUAGAAAAGAAUAUCCUUUUUCAUGCAUUAUUGUUUUCAUCUAUAAAGCAGCAUUAUACAUUAUCAGUAUAGUUAAUUUCUACUGGGAAUGUGUAGAGAAGCUGAAAUUGCUAAGCACUCCUGAGGAGCGUGCUCGUAGGCUGAAUGAAGAACCUGAAAUACAUGCUGACCCUGCGAUGGAUCCAUAUUAUGAAUCUCCGGAGGAACAGGAGCAGGAAAUUGAAAGAAGUAGCUUCAAUAAGUCCAGAGGUUCUUUCUCGAGGAAAGAUGGUAAUCUUGUGUCUCCAGGUAAAGGAGAUGGUAGAAAUGCUGUACAGCGAGAUCCAAAAACUAACUGGGAAUCUAAUCGAAACACAUGGGCUGAAUCAAGUUCUCAUAUGGAAUCACCCCUUUCACGGAGGUCCACAUUUUCUUCUCAAGGCGAAAGUGCUGGUUAUACAAGUAAAUCAGAGAGCCCGAACAUUGGUGCACAAACAGUUAAACUGGAAGGCACCACGCGCAGUGCUCCACAAGAGUCACCUGGUUCAUCUGGGGCAAAAACUGCACCUGAAUCAGCCAUUAAUGACUCUGAGAAGAUCUGGCUGUACAUGGAUCCUUCUAAUAAAAUCCAAGGUCCUUUCUCAAUCAUACAGCUGCGGAAAUGGAACAGCAAUGGGUACUUCCCUCCCAGUUUGAAGAUAUGGAAAGCUAGUGAGAAGCAGGAUGAUUCCAUUCUAUUGACUGAUGCUUUGGCAGGGAAGUUUGAGAAAGACCUUCCUCCAUGGGAACCACCACAUGUUAGUUUGUCUCAAAUUAACAAAACCCCUCUUGAGCAAAUCCCAAUAGCUGGCGAACAAACUCCAAAAUCAGUAGUUGCAAAGUCUUUCUCAAGUAGUGAUCAAAGACAUGAGUAUAGUUCAACGAACCUUGGAACAACCAUGAUACAUUCGGGCACACAAGGUUAUUAUGGGAUGCAAAAUUCUCAUGCAGCAUACACAAGCCAACAAUCUCUUACUGGAAGUUGGAAUGCUACGUCUAGUCAGUUUGGGGUUGCAGUAAAUGCUGUGACACCUACCCAGCCUGCCAUGGGAAGCUAUUCGGGACAAAAUAUUGUUGCUGCAGAAAAUAUGGGUCAUUUAACUCCUGGAAUGGCUCCUGCAACUGCAAAUGCAGAUUUGACCUCCCAGAACCAAAUAUUAUCUUCUUUACCGCAAACGGAUGACAGAUUAGCUGAUGGCAUUGAAUCCAAAUCAGGAGAAGAUGUUUCACAUGGAAGAGUUAGCUCUUCAGCUGAAGCUAUCGGACAACUGGGUGCACAGCUUGGACCAGCACAACUGAACACUCAGCAACUUGAAGACACAAGAAACCAGAUGUCAUCAACUGAUCUCUCCAACUCAAUGAUGCCAUCGCAGAUGAUGUCAACACCAUCUGCUGCAUCAGUACAGCCUUCAUUGACAACCAUUGCUGGCAGUGAUAAUCAAAGCAGUGGGUGGGCUGUACCUGCACAAGUGGCGAACACACCUGGCCAAUCUCAGAUAACUGGAAAUAUGACCUGGGGAAAUACACCUCAGGGUGAUGCAAGCUUAGGUUGGGGAAUGAUGGGACAGAGCAACAUGAAUAUGCCUUGGGUAGCAUCAGCUCAAGGUGCUUCAGGCUACAACAUGGGUGUAGCCAUGCCAACGCAGCCAAAUGCAGUUCCAAACAUGGGUUGGUUACCAAAUCCAGGAAACACCAGCAUGAACAUGAUCUGGGCUGCAACUCAAGGCCAGGGGACUCCAAAUGCGGCUGCUAUGAUGGGAGGUCAGAUGCAAGGAGUCGCAAUGGCCCCUUGGGGCGGUGUUGCAGCAGGAAAUGCAAAUUCUUAUCCUGCCUGGGGAAACCAACAAGCUGGAAACAUGAACCAAAACGUCGGCUGGAGUGCUCCUGUGCAUGGAAAUCCGGGUCAGGCAAAUAACAACAUGAACUGGAAUGCACCAAAUGGUAAUCCUAAUUGGAAUAAUCAGCAGAGAGAGAAUGGGGGCAGGCACUCUGGACACCGUGGUGCUUUUAGUGCUGGCGACUCAGGCGGAAGGUCAUGGAAGCAACGUGGAGUCUGCUGGACAUAUCUUGAAAAAGGGAACUGCUGGAAAGUUGACUGCAGAUACGACCAUCCAACAAACACAGAGGGAUAUCCAUCCAGGCCUGAUCGGCAUUAUGGUAGGCAGCAUUCGGGUAAUGAGAGGCGAUAUGAGAAUCACAAUGAGAGAAAUGAUCGACAGUUUGAUAGGCAGCCUUCGGAUAAUGAAAGGCAGCAUGAUAGGCCUGAUGACAUGCAUGGUGGCAGGGAUGACGAUAGGCAUGAUGACAGGCAGGCUCAUAGGUCUCAGUCAAGAGAGCCGCGUUAG